GCGGGCAGGGAGGGCGGGCGGCGGGCAGCGGCCCCGGCCCCGCCGCGCGCACCGCCAUGGUGGGCCGGCUGAGCCUGCAGGAUGUGCCCGAGCUCGUGGACGCGAAGAAGAAGGGCGACAGCGUCCUGGACAGUCCGGACUCGGGGCUGCCCCCCAGCCCGAGCCCCAGCCACUGGGCGCUCGCGGCGGCCGGGGGCGGCGGCGGCGGGGAGCGGGCGCCGGCCCCCGGGGCGCUGGAGCCCGACGCGGCGGCCACCCCCGCGGCCCCGAAUCCAGCUUCUCUCCCCAACGCCCUGGGCUCCGGCUGCUCGCCAAGGUUAUGCCCCCUGUCGUUUGGCGAGGGAGUGGAGUUUGACCCCUUACCACCAACUGAAGUAAGGUACACGUCCUCCGUCAAGUAUGACUCAGAGCGACACUUCAUCGAUGACGUCCACCUGCCCCUGGGCCUGGCGGUGGCCUCCUGCAGCCAGACCAUCACCUGCAUCCCCAGUUGCACGUGGCGCAACUACAAGGCUGAGGUGCGCUUUGAGCUGCGCCACAAGCCUGCCCGCUUUCUCAGCACCACCAUCGUCUACCCCAAGUACCCCAAGACCGUCUACACCACCACUCUGGAUUACAACUGCCGCAAGACACUGAGGAGGUUCCUGUCCAGCGUGGAGCUCGAAGCCAUUGAGCUCGUGGGCGGUGAUUACCUGUCGGAGGAGAGCUGACUGCAGCAGGCCAGGGGGCUGGCCCGGCUUUCCUGCCCAGGUUGGGUUGGGCCAGGCUGCCCUUGUGUGUCAUUCCAGCCCCAGAAGAGUCUAACCCAGAGAUACCUCUAAGCCCAGCCUGGGGAAUAAAAAAAAAAAAAAAAA